AUGUACUCAAAUCAAGGAAUCGGAGGAGGAGCUUAUUCAGAGAACUCUGGAAUUGGUGGCGGAGCUCGGCCUGAAUAUGGCGGUAUUGGUGGUGGAGCACAGCCCGGCUAUGAACCAUACAAUCCUUCUAGACCAGGUGGAAUUGGUACGGGCGUAGAUCCGCUAGGUCCUCCACCCAUUGGUGGUGGUACAACUCCCGGCCCAUAUACUAACAGUGGAAUUGGAGAUCUGGUUGAGCAUACCUUAUAA